AUGUUGUGCUGGUUUACAGCAUUCAAAUGGAUAUGGGUGUCAUUUACAUUUGUUCUUGACAAUUCCCAUGGAUAUGGAUGCCUGGAAUUUUUGCUUCUUCCUAUUGAACAUCAAUGCGGUUUUCUUCUGCAGAUAUUGCUUGAUGUUGUUUCGGUAUUCAACAUGGUCUCCUCUCUCUCCCGGGAGAAGCAUUCUAUAAAAAUAACUCAGAAUGGACUUGAGGUAUUUAGGGAGUAUUAUCCACCAAAUAAGGAGUUUGUCACCCUAGAGUGUGUGUGGGAGACAGAUAAGUUUGUUUUGGUUGAGAAAACACACAAAAGAGAUGUAAAAGGUGAAGAUGGGGGUCUUGGAGAUGGUUCUGUUGGAAAGUCAGCUCCACGUUAUUGGAGUCUUGAAUCUUUUCUAGGAGGCACCUUUUCUCAGAUAAUGCAAUAUAUUGCUGCUAUGCUAAUCAUCAUUCAUGAUGCUGUUCUGCUUUCUGCUAUGCUUGUCAAGGCUGUGCAAUCAGCAAAAAUGAUUGUACAAGUUGUGGACAACUGUCCCUUGGGGAAUGUUAUUGUUUCAACUUGUUACAAAUGCCAUGUUUGGUUUCCAAACUCAGAUGGCCUGCUGAAGGAUGUUGUUAACUCAUUUGCACACAGUGACUCUGAUCUGGAGAAAGCUGAUGAAGAUCAAACUGCCAGAGAAGGUUCUGCUCAUAUCAAGGAAGAUACAAAGCAUUUGUUUCCAGGCCCUCCUCUUCGAGGUGAGUUUGGGAAACAAGUUGAAGAUGGCGUUGAAUUGGGAGACAAUCCAAUCAUUUCAGAAUCUCCAGGUAAGCAACUCCCUCCAAAAGACAGCCUGGCUGCAACAUCAAGUUCACCUCCAAGCUCAAAAUCAAAGCAAGUGGCUUUUGUCUCAGUUAAAAGACCUGCGCCAUCGACAGCAGCCUUCAUCUCUGUCAAAAAACCCACAACUUCAAAUGCAAAUAUAGAGGAUCCUCAUUUCAAGGAAAUGGAGGACAAUAGUAACAGGGACGACUCAUUUUUUAAUUUGCUCACUGGUGAUAAUCUCAAAGACAGCCUAUUUUGA